AUGUCUCGACUGCAGCAGGACCAGUUCGUCGACGAUGACGAGGAGGAGUGCUGCCCGCUCUGUGUCGAAGAGUUCGACCUCUCGGACAGGAACUUCCGCCCCUGCCCAUGCGGCUACCAAAUAUGUCAGUUCUGCUACAACAACAUCAAGACGACCAUGAACGGCCUGUGUCCCGCCUGCCGCCGCCCCUACGAUGACUCCACGAUCGAGUGGAAGACCAUCUCCCCCGAAGAGAUGGCACAACACAAGCAGCUCAUCGCGCAAAAGGCCAAAAAGAACGCGCAGAUACGGCAGAAGGAAGCACAAAAGGCCGAAGCCGACUCUCUCAGCCGCAAGCAUCUGUCGGGUCUGCGUGUCGUCCAGAAGAACCUCGUAUACGUGACCGGUCUCACGCCGACGAUACGCGAAGACGAACUGCUCAAGACUCUUCGUGGAGACGACUAUUUCGGCCAGUACGGCAAGAUCCUCAAGAUUGUCGUCAGCAAAGCCAAGGAGAACGCGCAGCAUCAACAGUCGGUGGGUGUUUAUGUAACAUUUGCUCGCAAGGAAGAUGCAGAGAAGUGCAUCAAUGCUGUCGACGGUUCUCAGAAUGGCGAGAGGACAUUGAGGGCUCAAUUUGGUACUACGAAGUACUGCUCAGCGUACCUCCGCGGCGAGACCUGCAAUAACCGCAAUUGCAUGUUCUUGCACGAACCCGGCGAAGAUAACGACAGCUUCACUCGCCAAGAUCUCUCCAUGAUGAACUCAAUCCAGACGCAACAACCGUCACAAUCGUCUACGUCUCGAGCCGCGCCCCCCGCCCACCAGGGUCCCGCUGUCGCUGCCGCGAUCCCGAUGCAUCGACAGGAUAGUACCGAUACGUCGAGCUCGAUACAUGAGGCACCCGGUUUGCCUGCAACCGCUAGCUGGGGAAGUAAGGCGUUGCUGGAACGCCGAGCCAGCCGAUCCACGGUCGCUUCGAACAACGCCAGUCCAAUGGUCACGAACGCUGUUCCCGCGCAACCACCCAAACCAUCGAAGGCAGCUGAGCCACCAAAGAAGAAGGGCAAGGACAAAGAAAAAGAAAAAGAAAAGGAGAAAGAGAGGGAAAAGGAGAAGGCUGCACAAGCAUCGAAGGCUGCCACCCCGCCGCCUGCUCCGACCCCCGCACCCGCCGCCCGCCCUCCGAAGCCCCGCGACAAUGGUAUUCACGAUUUACUGAAGGUCAUCUGCUCGCCAGACUUUAAGUUCGUCUUCUCGAGCGCCGUUUUGUCGGAGGAAGAACUGAAAGCUGUCACCGAGUUCCCUCAACUACUGGAUCCCAAUGGCGGUGCUAAGCGUCGUGCCAUCAAAGAAAAGAAGGAGAAGGAACUGGCAUUGCAGCGCGAGGCGGAAGCGGAAGCUGUAGCUGUAGCAAAGGCAGCGUCCCAACAAGCCCCGGCUGCUGAGCGUGAAGACAACGAAGCAACGGCUGGCGGCAGCUUGCAGCUAGGCGGAGAGCCUGAAGACGGUCCCGAGACAAAUACCAACCACCUCAAUCAACACGCGAUUGCACCACCUGGUCAGCAAGGUUUCGGAGGCAGCCUUUUCGGGCAGAACACGCCAUUGGCCGAGGACUUCAGUAGCCUGGGAUUGAGUAACAGAGGCCUUACACCUCAGCAACAACAGCAGCUGUUGCUCUCCAAUUUCAAGUCUGGCACCCAAGCCACGGGCAUUCUGAACAACAUGCCGAGUGCUCAGCAGCCUCAACAGCACAAUGCUUCUGGCCAUACCAGGCACACUUCACGCUUCAGCUUCGCCAACGACAGCGCUUCCGCUUCCGCGAAUGUGCAGCCUGUCGCGAACCAGAAGUUGAUGAGCCAGCAAAACUCGAUGAUGCCCAAGAACGCCAACCAAUUCAACCCGAUGUCUCAGCAUCAGCAGUUGAGUGGACAGUUCUUCACCAACGUGCAGGGACCCCCUCCAGGACUUAAGCCUACUGGUACACCCCCGGUCAGCGGGACUGGCAUGUUCGGUCAAGGCCACGGUUUCGCUACUGGUGGUCUACCUUAUGGGGCUGGCGCAACGGCAAGGAACAACAAUGAUGCCAUGUAUCAGGACCUGCUCCGCAGCCGUAACAUGGACGGCGGUGCCAGGUUAGCUGAUGCUGGAAAGCAUGAUGGAUCCUUGAGUGUAGAGGAACAGGCAUCUAUCAACGUCGAUGCACUUGUUAACGACAGCGACAAUGAGCCAACACGGCCCGCUCCAAGCACUCCACUAAGCGGCCAAUUCUUCGAGCAUCCUCGCCGAUCGACUCCUACUAUACCCCCUGGCUUCACAGUACCAGCAAUUCCCAAAGCAGUACUUGAAGAGUCACGUUCGCGUGCUGGAUCUCGACCAAUGUCCCGUACUACAUCUUCGACCAUUAUACCGGCCGUGCCUGUUGUACCUGCCACGCCGCUUCCCAACUCAACUCCUAACAAGAAUACCAAGGGCAAGCAGAAAGCUGAGACUACUGGACCUGCAACUCCUGCAGCAGCAACUACCGCGACCACUGUCUCCAAGCCUUCACCUGCGCCUACGACGCCCUCAAGAACAACGACCAGGGAAGCAGUUGUUGUUCCACAGACACCCAAGGAACCCACACCUAGAGAGGCGUCCAAAGCAGUUAAAGAGGAUGUUUUGCAGACACCGAAGUCCACACCAGACGCCAAGAAGUCGAUGGCGGAAACGAUCAGCAAGGACACGCCAAAAUCGAAGGGCGCUUCUAAGAAAACUCAAGCUGCAGUUCAGACCACCCCAAAGAGAGAGCCACAGAAAGAGACAGCGCGCACUCCUGCGGCGACUGCGACACCUCCAGCUUCGACCAAGCGACAGCCUCCUGGCAAACUCGAUAUUCAAGCAGCAACUAAAUUGCCGGUUGAAGCUGGCUCUCCAGCUCCAACCUCAUCUAAGACAGACUCUCAGGCAAAAAGCAAUCGUUCUGUGCCAACGACAUCAGCUGGUUCUGUGCCUCCAAGUCCCGCCGCAGCGGUGACUGGAUCGCCAAUCAAGCGCGCGGGUGCGCCGAGGACUUUGCGUGUCGUCGCAACACCAAAGACAGAAGUGCCACCGCCUGUUUCGGCGGCAUCACAACCGUCCUUGCCUCAGAUCCCAACGGUCGACAAGCUUCGAUCUAGGCAAGCGAGUAUCGCUUCCGUCAAUAUACCAGGCACGCCAAGCGAAAUGAUAUCGGACACUGCUUCAGUUACCUCUACAUCAUUUUCAAGGGCCAGCUCACCGCCUCCGAUCGGCGGUAAGGUCGGGACUGCGCCUGUUAGGAAGAAGACAAAGUCACAAGCCAAGAAGGAUAGACAAGAGCGAAAGAAGCAGAUAGAAGAAGAAAUACUGGAAGACAACAAGUCCGAUGUUGAGGUAAUGCAAGCUCCCAUCAUUGGGCGCAAGAAAAAAGCCAAAAAGCCGACAACAAACGCCAAACCUAUUGCCGCUGCCUUCAAGAGUCAGCCAGCCUCGCCCAAGCCAGCUACUGUUGAAGAAGAACAACCUGAAGUGCCGACAGUGGCCUCACGGAGAGUCUCGUCAGCGAAGAUCUCGGCAACAGCAACGCCUGAACCGGAGCCGGAGCCCGAACAGCCCAAGGAAAAGCGGGAUCAUUCAGCUCAGUCGAUCAUGGCUGACUUGCAGCGUACGGGCGAGCUCCUUGCAUCGACCCUUGAGUUCUUCAAACCGCUGUCUUCGUCACUUGCUCAUGCUACCCGCUCUACUCAGAAUAGCAAUGUAUCUACACCUCCGGACCUGAAGCUGCACUUUUCACAAGCCGACCUCGAGGCGCUUGCGAAGAAGAAGCCAGUACGUCUGAACAGUCAGGAUGCAAAGCCAGACUCCAGGACUCUGAUUACACCCAACGGCAAGUUCUUCUGGGGGUUGACUGAGGAGCUUGAGAACAAGGCACUUGAGCUUGAGAAGCAUAUCGAGGAGCUCAAAGGCCAUGCUCGCUUCCACCCUCGUAAGCAAAAUGCACACGGUCACAGUAUGACUACUUCAGCGCAUUCAAAUGACGUCCUCCCAGCUAUCGCCACUGCACUCAAGGAGGCAGGUAAGAAGCUGAACACCAACGGCGGACAGCAGAUGCCGCGACUGGACAAUUCCUCAGGACUUCUAGGUUCGACGAACCUUCCCUUGCCACCGGUACAAGGCCAGGACGCGUCCAUGCCCCAGGUCCCUCCCCCACAACAGCAGCAAACACCCGCAGAUGCCGGCGCUUACCUAAAUCAAUACGUUCUCCCGAAGACGGACAACCCACCGCCAAACCAGCCACGUCCCGAGAUGGCGGCUGUUGGUGGCGCACCUGGCGCCGGAACAGCGAACAUUUCUGUCAACUCGAACCGACUAGCCAAAGCGGCCAAAGCAGUGGUUGAGGGAGGAGCGGUAGGAAGCACAGAGAUAGACGGCAUGGGAUUGAUGGCGGCUGACAGGCUUGGCGGCGUGUUUGUGCAGGGUCUCGAAGCGCUCGUGGGUGCUGGACUUGGCUACCAGUCUUCACAAGAGUUCGGCCUUGACGGCAACGGCAACAUAACUUUUGGAAAUGGCGGUGGAAGCGGACUGGAUAUGCAGGGAUUGAUGAACGCGAUUGAGACGACAGCUGGAAUGGGUGGAUAUGGCAACACAAGGAGAGGAAGAGGUAGUGUGCUGACCAUGGAAGAGGCGGAGCAAGCGAUGCAUGCGGCGAGGAGAGAGCACGAUGUGUUGGAGAAGAAACUCAACGCGCUGAUCAAGAAGAACAAGAAGCUCGCGACUGGCGUAGGAAAGUAG